ACUCGUCUGGUUGGAUAAGAUAAAGGGACAAUUCCGAUAAACCCUCAAAACACUUUACUCUGUUCUUCAAGGGUUUUAGAACCAAUCUUUCAAUCCUCUGCUUCAUCUUGCUUUUUGCUUCUACAAAUCUAAAACGAAAAGAGCUGAGGCUGACUCAUUUUUCUUGUGAUAGCAAUACAAAUUUAGCGUGUCGUAUGGCGAGUCUCAUAACUAUGCCUGCUUUAAGCCACUUAUCCACCAACACUAUCAGCUUAGAACGAAGAAAUUUAUGUGCAUCCUCCAGGAGACGUCGAGGAGUUAGGGCAAUGAUGACAGAAAAACCACUGGAGGAGCUGUAUCAUGUGAGAGUAGAGAGAAAUGUGACAAAAGAUCGACUAAUGGAGCUUGGUGUUCAACGAUGGUCAAUGUGGAAAACCGGCAAAUGCAAGUUACCUUGGGAUUGGCAUGUAGACCAGUUGGUUUACAUUGAAGAAGGUGAGGUAAGGGUUGUACCUGAAGGAAGCAAAAGAUUUAUGCAGUUUGUAGCAGGAGACCUUGUCCGCUAUCCAAAAUGGUUUGAAGCUGAUCUCUACUUUAAUGACUUCUACCAAGAGCGAUAUAGAUUUCAAGCAUAUGGAGAUGACUAGUGAAUCAAUUUCCUACAACUAGUUAAUUCCCGGGCUUCUAGUUACUGCACUUACUAGUGAUCUGUUUCAUAAGCAUAUUUAGAUUGCUGUUGUAAUACAAAUGGUAGAACAUGGUCUUUCUAAAUGGUAAGGUGGCCAGAUAACAUUCAAUCCAUUAGUUGUAUGAAUGAUUAUCUUUUCACUGGCCAAUUCCAACAUAGAUCUUGACUACAAUCUUCCGUCAUCUCCUCUCUGGAUGAUAAACGUUUUUGCCACCAGUUAGUAAAAAGAACUGCAACCUGUUUCUUCAUCAUCAUUGUUACAUUGGAAGAUUUGGUGGGAAUGUAUUGGUAUCAGAUUGUCAGUUAAAAUUCCAACACUAUUAUCAUUUAUCAGUUACUUUGAGAUUGUUUUU